CCCGUCAGGCUUAUCUAUAACAGAUAAACUGAUAUUUGAUAUAAUGUUAUCAUAUACAAGUGUUGACGGAUAACGCUGAUCAGCGAUCAGGCCAAGUCAACAGCCACAUUAUUAUUAAUCAACGUACAAGAAUAUGUUUAUGAACGCUUUUUACCAGCUGAUCAUCUUAAGCGUGCUUCUAUCGUCAUCUUCUAUAACAGGGAUGAUCAGUUGGCCUGAAGGACUGUAUGGAUUACCAAUGGCCAUCAAUGGCUGUCCCGUCGACCCAUCUAUCAACUGGAAAACUGGGACGCUGUACCAAGACUGCGAGGACACGGACCCACGAACGCAACAUUCGCCCGACCUCCAUUUAAACGCUUUCGUCAAAUAUGGAGACGUACAGCGGUCAUUUUGUAUGAAAACAUCUUCUGUGAAUGAUUCCAACCGGGACCAGUGGCCCUCAGGGAAGUACUGUAUUUAUCUGUGGGGGAAAACCUGCCCCUCGGGUAUGCUUGAAGGUUGGGUCCAGUGGGACGACGAGAAUACCAUCAUAAUUUACAAUAAAAACACGAGAAGGGGAACGUUACCAACAGGAGUUUACGGCCAGGAUACACGUAUCUCUUACUGCUGCAGUGUUCUUGGCUCGACCCAGACUCCCAUCGAUCUUCCGUUGACUUCGCCAUUCUAUCUGAUAGCCUAUGGUAGCAAAGUCUGCCAGUUGGUUAGGGGGGCGCAGUCUAGUCUAGAAUACAUAUUUUACGAAACAGAAUACUCGACUUUCAUGACGAAAAACGAUUAUGGUGGUGCUCAUCCCUAUGGUGUGACGAGAGACCCGCAAGGCCAAAUGAUCUUCUACUGCUAUUAUAGACCUAUCCAUUGUCCAGCAUUAAGAAAACCUGACAACGGAAUGUUAAAACCAGCUCACUGUGGCGAAAAUAAUGAAACUACGUUUAAUGGCACAUGUACGGUAACGUGCAAUAGCGGGUACAUACCUAAGAAUCCCGCGGGACAAAUCACGUCAUGUUUGGAGAACGGAACCUGGAGCAUACCCAUCGUCACUGGCUGUAUACUUUAUCGUUUGCUGAAGGAAGAGAAGAGGAGAAGAACAAAGAGAGUGAAAGUCAUCUUCAUUACAAAACAAUCACGUGAACGAAUUGCCUUCACUCAACCUCGCUUUUUGCCACAGCUGUGGUUUCCCACCAAAGGAGACAAAAUACAGGAGGGAGAGCCUUUUUUUUGA